UUCACAAGAACUGCGAGUUUCGUUUCGUUACUUUCCGUUUGGUUGCCCAUAAAAUAUAAGACAAUUUUCGUCAUCAAAUUCUUCAAUUUGAAAAUCAUUUUAUUCUCCGCUCGCCUUGAACCAAUUUCUAAUAUAGAAGAGACGAGAUUAUAAUCCCUGAAAGACUUGUAUAGAGUUCUGCAUCCGAAAUCUGAUUCAUCUGAAGAUCGAGGUUUGGGAGCAGCAAAGUGAUGGCAAAUAUAACGGUGUUUUGUCGCUUCAGGCCUUUGAGCUCAAAAGAGAAAAGAGAUAAUGGUGAUAGUGUUUGCAUUCGCAGUAUGGACAGUGAAACUUUCGUUUUCAAGGAUGAGAAGGAAGAAGAAUUUGCCUUUAGUUUUGAUAAGGUGUUUUAUGAGGAAUCUUUGCAAGCCGACGUCUACGAAUUUCUAGCUCUCCCUAUUGUUCGAGGUGCUGUUAAUGCAGUAAAUGGAACGAUCAUCACUUACGGACAGACUGGAGCUGGGAAGACUUAUAGCAUGGAGGGCCCUAGCAUCCUGGAACUUGAUGACCUGAAGAAAGGAUUACUUCCAAGAGUAGUAGAUGGGCUUUUUGAGUGUAUUAAAUCUGCUGACAAAUCAGACAAGUAUAGAAUCAAGUUGUCAAUGGUAGAAAUCUACAUGGAGAAAGUAAGGGAUCUUCUUGAUUUAACGAAGGACAAUAUAUUGAUUAAGGAAAGUAAAGUUCAAGGAAUAUUGUUAUCUGGAGUGACGGAGAUUUGUAUUUCGGACCCAGCAGAUGCUUUACAAAGCUUGUCUAGUGGGAUAGCUAACAGAGCUGUUGGAGAGACCCAAAUGAACAUGGCCAGCAGUAGAAGUCAUUGUAUUUACAUAUUCACGGUUCAGUCAGAGCUGAGUGAUAAGAGGGUGAAAACUGGAAAAUUAAUUCUUGUGGACUUAGCAGGGUCUGAGAAGGUAGAGAAAACUGGAGCUGAAGGGAAAGUUCUUGAAGAAGCCAAGACUAUCAACAAAUCUUUAUCAGUCUUAGGAAAUGUAAUAAAUGCUUUGACAUGUGGUCCAACAACCAAAGCAAGCCACAUCCCUUAUCGCGAUUCCAAACUGACUCGGAUUCUACAAGAUGCUCUUGGAGGGAACUCAAGGACUGCAUUACUAUGUUGUUGCUCUCCAAGCCCUUUAAAUGCAGCAGAAACUCUCUCCACCCUUCGCUUUGGUGCGAGGGCAAAGCAUAUAAAGACAUCACCUUUUGUCAAUCGUGCCCAAGAUAAACUUGCCAAAAAGCAUGAGGAUGUUGCUCCAACCAAAGAUGAAUUGUGUGAGAGAAUUCUAAUUAGGUUGAGGGAGAGACUAGAUGUUGAAGAUGUGGAGUUACUUGAAGAGUUAUUCAUACUGGAGGGAAUAUUAUUUGAUCCUAGUUCAUUCGAAGAUUUGGAAUCAGCCUAUGAAGAUGUUACUUUACGAACAAUUUCCUCAUUGCAGCAGGCUGUAGAAGAGCUUGUGUUUACCAUUGAGGAGCUUAAAAGUGAGAACAGGGCUCUUAAGGCCAGAAUGGAAGCUGCUGAAAGGUUUAAUGCUUUGCACAAGGAAGCUGGAGAAAAUGCAAGUGUUAUGAGAAAGAUUUCAAAUAUUCUAAGCUUCUUCAUCUCAUGGGUCAGAUCAUUCCCUCUGCUUAGCAUGCUGAAAUGAAAUUAUACUACUCUACAGCAGUGGCUAGUAAGAUUGAGGGGUAUGUUACUUAAUGGUGCUGACUUGUGCAAUUGUCGGGGUUCAAGCACAGGAAGUGGUUAUUACACAGCUUACUAAUUUUGUUAAUAUCAAUAUGAUCACCCUGGGAAGAAGAUAUAAAAUAGAUAUUGCUAUUCCAUCUAAAAUGCACAACGGAUUAGGCC